AUGACUUCCUCUUCCGCUGCUAAGUCUCCCCUUCCGCCCCUCUCUGGUUUUUCGAUGUUCCUGAUUCGACUAACCUUCCUUCUCUCUCUAGGUUUGAUCGCAGCAAUUGUCCACAUCGACGUCGCGAUCUGGGCCAUCGCGGCGGAGAUUGACAAGCUUUGCCGAGCAAUUGCUGCUGAUCUUGCCCACAUACUAACAGCAGCGUCGAACUUUGGUGUGCCUGUCUCGGACGAGGAGGGGCAGCGCCCAAAGGGAGACAAAACCCCGAAGCGCAAGCAGGUGCGCUUCGCUGAGGGGACCAAGCCCCCGAUGCCGGACAAGCGUCCGGAGGUGGUGAGUCGGGUUGCUGAGCCGAAGGCAGCAAUGUCGGAAGCUCUCGAUCAGUCUCGCCGCCUGCUGAACUCCGGUCGCACCCUCCAUGCCCGGUUUCAAGCGUUCCGUCUCUCUGAGGCGAACAGGCGAGCUGAGCUGGAGAAAGCCGGUGGGAGGCCUCGGAAGUCUGGGGAUCUGGGAAGGGUGCGCUCGGUCACAUUCCGGGCCACUCGACCUGGGUCUCUAGAUCGUCGGUAA